GUCCGCCCCCGGUUCCCAUGGCAGCGGGAGCCGCGGCCCGCGCCGCCGGGCCUCUGGGAGCAGCCUCCGCGGGAAGAGGGAACAAGGUUCUGUCCUGGGAGGAUGGAGGACGACGAGCAGGAGGGGGACGAGGGGGAGAAGGAGGACGACGAGCAGGAGAAAGAGAAGGAGGAGGGGGACGAAGAGGAGAAGAAGGAAGAAGAGGUGCCGGCUCCCUGUCCUCUGACGGAGGAAGUACUGAAGGAGGGCCUGUCUCUCCUCAGUAAGACGGGCAACGGGCUGGCCCACACCUACGUGAAGUUUGAAGCCAAAGGAAAGAGCUUGACAGACAUCAGCCUGCUCAAAAGCUUCAUUCACCUGCGGUAUGUGGAUUUGUCAGAGAACAAGCUGCAAGAUUUGUCUCCACUGAGCAGCCUAAUAGAGCUGCUUUGGCUGAAGGUGGAUGGGAACCUGCUCACCAGUGCCUGCAUGCAGGAGCUGUCCUAUCUCCAGGUCAUCAGCUUUGAUCGGAACCGCAUCAAGGAUAUGGAAGGCAUUACUCACCCCCGCUUAGCCACCCUCAGCCUGAAAGAAAAUAAAAUCCAGACAAUGCUGGGCCUGAGUAAGGACCAGUUGUUCAGCCUGGAAGUCCUGGAGCUGCGAGGAAACAAACUAAAGACCACAGCAGGGCUCAGUCUUCCCAAGCUCAAGAAACUCUAUCUGGCCCAGACCAACAUCCGCAGCCUUGAAGGUCUCGAGGGGCUUGAGCAGCUGGAGACUCUGCACCUGCGUGACAACAAGCUGGAGAUCCUGGAUGGAUUCUCCAGUAGCAUGAAGUGCCUUCAGUAUCUCAAUCUACGGAACAAUGGGAUCAGUAGCUUUCAGGAAGUGGAAAAACUGCAGGUUCUUCCCACGCUGCAGGCACUGGUGCUGUUGGACAAUCCAUGUGCUGAUGAACCCAGUUACCGGCUGGAGGUCCUUGCCCUGCUGCCACACCUGCAACGCCUUGACAAGGAAGUAGUUGAGCAAGAUGAGCGGGAAGAGGCGAUGAAAAUUCGUCAGACAAGGCAAGAAGAAAAAGAAAAGGAAAUGGAAGGAUCUCUCAAGGAUGAUGCAUCUCUUCAGGAAAUGGACGAAUCACAAGGGGAUGGUGUGACUGAGUGACUUCUGUUUUUAACACCUGUUCCCAGAGGCUGUCAGGAUGUGGAGAUGCCUUUCCCCUCAUGUGCGGAUGGGAACGCGAGAGCUGUAGGUACCAGCUUCACCUCAUUUUACCUCUGGACAAAAGAGGAGGGCUACCCACCCUGGUCCUGGAAGCUGCCCUGAGGCACUGCAGUGUUUUUGCAGUCACUGCACUGAUAUGUUCUAUUCUUGGUAGGCCCAAGAGGGAAAAUGGGAGAGUUAUAGGUUCUGUGGUUAGAUUUAUGGCUCCCAAAAAUCCUGCAAGAUUUUCCGCUUUGAAUAAAAAUAAUUAAUGAGCCUGGA